AUGAGAAGUCUCAUUGAUGAACAGUUUAAGACAUAUUUCCCAAACGAGGGCAAACAUGGCCCAAUCAGGGAGCAGAUUGAUACAUUCACCCUUGACACAAACAGCUUGUUUCGGAAGCACCCAGAAAUGUCACUACAUCUGAUAUUCCUCAAGACAGAGGAAACUGAGUUCAAGGCAAAACUAAUCUUUGACCUCCGCGAGAAGAAGAAAAAAAUCUACUCCACUUUAACCGAGUCAAUCAAGGACUCCAUGCAUCGAUGCUAUAUAAGGUCAUCAGAGCAUACAGGAAAAGAUUCUCUGAAAAGGAUGAAAAAUGAGCUACAUCAUCACAUGAAGAAUAACAACAUUUUCCAGAAGGCCAAGGAAGAUAUGCUGAGUGGUUUAAUAAACCUGAAGGAUCACAUCAUGAUGCAACUGAAGUGUAAACUACAAGAAUCAAUGGAUCUCUCACUCAAGACCCCCAACAGCUCGUUCCUCCCAGAUGAUGUCACUGUGGAGUAUAACAAGAUGAAGAUGUACUAUGAGAAACUGAUGGGUUGCUCUAGUACAGUACAAUUCACUCCAAGAUUGGAUUUGCACACAAAAAGUACCACAUUUGAAUCGCAGUCUGGGAAUGGUAGGAAGCGUGUGCAGGUGUCAACAGGUGUAACAAUGUUAAAUCCUGAGAUUGUCAAAGAUCUUACAACACAUAACCACAAGCCUACAUAUAGGCUUCAAUGCUCCAAGGCAGGUCUUUUCCAGUGCAGUUCCACUGGUCUGGUGUUUCUGAUGGAAGGGAAGGGAGAUGUGGUUUACAAGGUGACUCAAUGGGACAGGAGCCUCCUGGGCUCCAUGACACCAGCAGGACCCCUAUUCAGCAUUGACUGUCCUGAGCAGUCUGUCUGCGAACUGCAUCUCCCACACUGUAUGUGUGAUGAGAAGGAUGACAAUUUGUCCGUGGCCCAUGUUACUGAUGGCAACAUGGAGAUUGUUCAGCCACUCAAGACGACUCCUACACACGUGAUUGUAAACAUCACACACCUCUCCCUCUUUGGCCUCAUCAGAAAUUGGUUCUCCUUCCUCCCAGUCCGAAGCCAGGUGCUGCUGUUCCUCCGACCACAAGGGAACAGACCCCAGAAGCGCAUACUGAAUGUUAUUUUGUUGCCCAAGAAUGUGCCACUUUGUGAGGUGGAAUAUCAACAGAGGGGGAGUACUUUCAUUAUAUCCAACUCCAACUGCACAUUGACUCCUAGAGGAAAAUAUGGUCUCUGCUGUGAGCUGGUGGCAAAUUCAAGCAUACAGCCAAAAAGUGGUCAGUUAGACUAUGACUACAGCCCGAACUUACACCCCACAUUUCAGGUGUUUUUGGACUGCAUGUCGGGUGCGGAGAACAUCAGACUGAGUCUUUUAGACAGAGGAAGUAACGACCAAAGAGUGUGGGAGAGUCUAGUUCCAAUAGGUUAGAUCAAAUGCCAGUUUGUUAUGAACCUGUACACCCCUCACCCCCAACUUAUUUAAACUGUAUACAACACACUGUACACCCCUCACCCCCAACUUAUUUAAACUGUAAUCA